CCAACCCCACAGCCGGAAAUGGGCCGCUUGAGAUCUCGCGAGAGAGUCCGCUCCCAUCCCUUCAUUUCUACUUCCUCCUCCCGCCCCUUCCCUCUUCUCGCGAGAUAUCGGCUCCACGUCUUUCUUUUACCCGACGCCGCCAGCAUGCCCUCCCGACUGAGGAAGACCAGGAAGCUGAGGGGACACGUCAGCCACGGCCACGGUCGCAUCGGCAAGCACAGGAAGCAUCCCGGGGGCCGUGGCAAUGCUGGGGGCAUGCACCACCACAGGAUUAACUUUGACAAAUAUCAUCCUGGUUAUUUUGGGAAAGUUGGUAUGAGACACUACCACUUGAAGAAGAACCAGAAUUUCUGCCCUACUGUUAAUCUGGAUAAACUGUGGACACUUGUUAGUGAACAGACAAGACUCAACUAUGCAAAAAAUCAGGCCGGAUUAGCACCUGUCAUUGAUGUUGUGCGCUCGGGUUAUUACAAAGUGCUGGGCAAAGGAAAGCUGCCCAAACAGCCUGUAAUUGUGAAAGCAAAAUUCUUCAGCAGGAAAGCAGAGGAGAAGAUCAAAGAAGUUGGUGGAGCCUGUGUGCUUGUGGCAUAAAGGAUUUUUUCAUCGUUUGAAUAAAGACUGUAUCAAAUGUC